AUGGUGGAGGGUCCCUUUGACAUAGCUCAAACAGCUGAUGCAGCUAAAGAUAUGCUGGAUGUUUUUCUUGGCCCUCUGCUCAGGAAGCCAGUAGAAGCAAGGAUACCUGAAAUCACUCAAGAUGCCACAACUGUUGGAGGCGGGUGCAGUGUGUUGCAUGGGAACAGCAUUCUUGAGGAUGAGGAGGUGCGCAUUUUGAAGAGGAAGAGUAGCCUCAGAGACAAGGUGGCUCUUUAUCUUGACUGAUUCUACAACUUGCAGUGCUAUGUAACUAGCUUUUCCAAAGACCGUCUGAUUUUUGGGGUGAGACCACCAUGAGGGUGAAGAUACUGCUGUGCAAUUGCCUGUGAUGAUGACCGUAAGGGCUCCAAUUAGUCAUGCCGUGCAUGUCUAGCGGCUAAGAUGGCGUGCAUACCAUCAUUCUGAAGCCCAAUUUCUACGUGGUUGCUUUUGGGUUUGUUUCCUAAGGAAGAAUACUUAACAUCGGCAGCGGAUGACCUCCAGCCCUUUUAA